AUGUCGAACGCUCUGGCAUCGCUGAAGCAAUUCACGACGGUCGUCUCGGACUCAGGCGACUUUGAGUCGAUUGCCGUGUACAAGCCACAGGAUGCAACGACGAACCCAUCGCUGAUCCUCGCUGCGGUGAAGGAGGAGAAGUAUGCCAGGAUGGUCGCUCCGGCGGUCGAGUAUGCCAAGGCCCAGGGCCAUAGCCGCCAAGAGAUCGUGGAGCAUGCCGUAGACCGCCUGCUCGUGUCGUUCGGAGAAGAGAUCCUCAAGAUCAUCCCGGGCCGCGUGUCGACGGAGGUCGAUGCUCGCCUGUCGUUCGAUACGCGCGCGACGAUCGACAAGGCCAUCAAGCUGAUUGAGCUGUACGAAUCCGUCGGUAUCUCGCGCGAGCGCGUGCUGAUCAAGAUCGCGUCGACGUGGGAGGGUAUCCAGGCGGCGCGCGAGCUCGAGUCGAAGCACGGCAUUCACUGCAAUCUGACGCUGCUCUUUAGUUUCUGCCAGGCUGUGGCGUGUGCGGAGGCGAACGUGACGCUCAUUUCGCCGUUCGUCGGCCGUAUCCUGGACUGGUUCAAGAAGCACCAGCCCGACGCCGACUACACGGGCGCCAACGACCCGGGCGUCAAGUCGGUGCAGCACAUCUACAACUACUACAAGCAGCACGGCUACAACACGAUCGUCAUGGGCGCUUCGUUCCGCAACGCGAGCGAGAUCACAGAGCUCGCUGGCGUGGACUACCUGACGAUUGCGCCCAAGCUGCUGGACGAGCUGAAGAACAGCCCGACGGCCCUGGAGCGCAAGCUGUCGAAGGAGCACGCCUUGGCCGCACCGCCGAUCGAGAAGUGCUCGUUCAUCGAUGACGAGCCUGCCUUCCGCUGGGCGCAGCUGGAAGAUGCGAUGGGCUUCGAAAAGCUCCACGAGGGUAUCCGCAAGUUUGCCGACGAUGCCGUGACGCUGCGAGACAUUAUCGGCCAGCAUCUGUAG